AUGGCUCACCGUUCAAGGCCGCCUACCUCAUACAGCACCUCAGCAGGCGCCUCGUCAUAUCCGAGCUACAGCUAUGGGUAUGGUGAGUACAACACCACUACAACGUCUCGCCCUAGAACGCGUCGAAGCACCGGAAGGCCAUCGACUGCCCGGCCUAGAACUGGCGCCUCGACUAUUGCCCGUGUCGAAGCUCAGACCGUUGUCUGUGCCGUUGCCGAGUCUCGCGGCAUCUCGCCCACUGUGGGCAUAUCCUUCGUCAACAUGGACACUGGAGACGCCGUGCUCUGCCAGAUUUGCGACAGCCAGACCUACGUGAAGACUAUCCAUAAGCUGCGCGUCUACUGUCCUUCUGAGAUUCUCACUGUAUCAACAUCCGCAAGUCCAAAGUCUAAGUUGUUCUCCAUCAUCGAAGAGAAUUUGGACAUCAUGGACAGUAAGAUGACCCUGCUCGACCGCAAGUACUGGGCUGAAGGCGCUGGUCUCGACUACAUCAAGACACUGGCACUUGACGAUGAUGUGGAAGCCAUCAAGCUCUCUGUUUCUGGCAGCUACUAUGCAGUUUGCUGCAUAGCUGCUGUUCUGAAGUAUAUCGAGCUGGAAUUGGGGGUCAAGUUUCCCUAUCACUCCCUCAGAAUGAAAUAUGAGCCAUCCGAAGGCUCUAUGAUGAUCGACGUUUCCACUAUCUACUCACUCGAGCUCCUCCAGAAUCUGCACAACCCGAAGUCAAGAGACUGCUUGUUUGGCCUUCUAAACGAGACGCAGACUCUGAUGGGGGCUCGCCUUCUCCGCAGCAAUGUCCUCCAGCCGCUUACUGACACUGACACUCUGAAAAAGCGAUAUGAUGCUGUGGACGAGCUGCAAACUAGGGAAGAUAUGUUCUACGGCACGCGUUCGGCAUUGAAGGGCUUUCUGGAUGCUGACAAGAUUCUGACGGCUCUUAUAAUUGUGCCAACUAAACCCACCAUCCAGACCACCGAACAAAGCAUCAACCAAAUCAUCAUGCUGAAGCAGUUCAUCACCUCAGUUUCGCCUAUUUACGAAGCACUCACUGGAGCUCGCAGUUGGAUGCUGAACAACAUACGUGAACUCUGCGCCCCCGAGAACGUUGCUCCAGUGUAUGCUCUCAUCAAUGAAUACAUCAAUGAGGAUACUACGUACGCAAAGCAGCCGCUAGAGCUACGAAAUCAGCGCAACUAUGCUGUCAAGUCUGGAGUCAAUGGCUUGCUCGAUGUAGCCCGGACCACCUACAAGGAAGCGAUGGAGGAUGCCUACCAGCAUGCCACAGAGCUGAGUGAAGAAUACGACAUCAAACUCGAUCUCAAGUACGACAACGGUCGGAACUUCUAUAUCCGUAUCCAUGCGGCUGAGCUAGAAGACAGGACUCUUCCACCGGUGUUCACGAACGUGUUCAAGAAAAAGCACAUGAUCGAGUGUCAGACAGUGGAAUUGAUGAAGAGGAAUCAGAAGAUUAAUAUCUCUCAUCAAGAGGUCGUGUUGAUGAGCGAUGAGGCCGUUCAGACUCUCAUCGAGGAAGUGCGAGGGCACAUGUCAGCACUGUUCAAGAUUUGCGAAGCAAUCGCAAUGCUAGACAUGCUUUCCGCAUUUGCCCACCUUGUAACCGUCAACGACUAUGUUCGCCCUCGCAUCAGUGACACACUUGGAAUCAAAGCAGCACGACACCCAAUCCGAGAGAAGAUAAUGCAGACGAAGUUCAUCCCGAACGAUGUGUACGCCACGCAACAGUGUCGCUUCCAAAUUAUCACUGGGUGCAACAUGAGCGGCAAGAGUACCCUAAUUCGGUCGGUCGCCCUAUUAUCCAUUAUGGCUCAGGUAGGCAGCUUCGUCCCUGCAAGCAGCGCUUCGUUUCCCAUACUGCACAACCUCUUUGCUAGGGUGGGUAUGGAUGAUAGCAUCGAGAGCAACGCCUCUACAUUCGCUGCAGAAAUGCGAGAGAUCGCAUUUAUUUUGCGAAACCUUGAUAGGCGCAGCAUGGCGAUUGUUGAUGAGCUCGGUCGCGGCACCAGCACCCGCGACGGUCUCGCCAUUGCUAUUGCAGUCGCUGAGGCGUUGGUCGAUAGCAGGGCUCUGGUCUGGUUUGCGACCCAUUUCAAGGAUCUGGCUACCAUUCUUUCGGAGCGCAAUGGGGUCAUCUGCCUGCACCUUGCCGUCGAAAUCAGUGACGAUGACACUAUGACAAUGCUCUACCGCGCUAUCGAAGGCUCGGUGAAAGAAUCCCACUACGGCCUUGCCCUUGCCCGCCUUGUGCCCCUCCCACCUCAGGUCAUUGCUGAUGCUACCUACUACGCGCACAAACUCGAGCGCCGCCUUCAGCAGAAAAAGAAAAUAUCCGAGAAUGUCAUUGCAGAGCGCCGUCGUAAGCUCAUCCUUGAUCUCAAAGAACAUCUGGUGCAAGCGUUUCAUGGAACCUUGGAGGGUGAUCUGCUGGCUUCCUGGCUAAAGGAGCUGCAAAAGGAGUUUAUCAACCGCAUGACAGCGAUCAAUGAGGAAGAGAAGGGUACCACGGAAAGCGAGGAUGAGGACGAGGAGGGUGAUGUGGAAAUGAGAGAGGAGGAAUCGGGUGACGAAGAGAUGACUGAAGCCAGGGAUGAUACGCGGAUCGCAACGACAGAAUCUCGCCAGCAACUGCCAAUCAUGAUCUCGAAUUAUUCAAAGGUUUCGUCGUCAACAGCAUCCACAUCCACAAUCAGCCCUGCGUCCAACACGACGUCCUCGGUUCGUGCUGUCUCAGAGAACCUAUAUUAG